AGUUUUGCGGCAUUUCAAUUGCCAACUGUUGUUUUUGUAAAGAGUUUCAUAUAAAUAUUAAUAUAUUAUUUUACAAUUAAUAGAAAGUAUUUUGUCGUUAUAAGCCAGUUGGUGUUAUAAAUAUUUCAUUAAUAUAUUAUAAAAUUAGAAAUUUCCGAAAAUGUUCGGCCAAUCGACUUUGGGGAAUACGACCUCUUUUGGCGCAACAGCAGCGACAACUUCCACAAAUCGUAUGAAUGAUUUUGAAGUUGUAUCACCACCUGAAGAUUCUAUUUCUGCUCUCGAAUUUAGUCCUGUCACAAUGCAACAGAAUUUUCUGAUAGCUGGUAGUUGGGAUAGUAGCGUGCGCUGCUGGGAAGUUGAACAAACCGGUAAAACAGUGCCAAAAUCUAUGAAAACUUUAGGGGGUCCAGUGCUGGACGUGUGCUGGUCUGAUGAUGGCACAAAAGUUUUUAUGGCCUCAAUCGAUAAGCAAGUUAAAAUGUGGGACUUAGCAUCAGAUCAGGUAAUGCAAGUAGCAGCUCACGAUGCACCAAUUAAAACUUGUCACUGGAUUAAGGGCACAAAUUACACUUGCCUAAUGACAGGAUCUUGGGAUAAGACUUUAAAGUUUUGGGAUACUCGCUCCGCAAAUCCUAUGUUGUCAAUUGCGUUGCCUGAACGUUGCUAUUGUGCGGAUGUUGAUUAUCCAAUGGCAGUCGUAGGUACCGCUGGUCGCGGCUUAAUUGUAUAUUCACUGGAAAAUAGUCCUACUGAAUUUAAACGACAAGAGAGUCCUCUAAAAUACCAACAUCGGACAGUAUCAAUUUUUAGAGAUAAGAAAAAAGUACCGACUGGCUAUGCGUUAGGCAGUAUUGAGGGUCGUGUAGCUAUACAAUAUGUUAACCCAGUUAGUCCCAAAGAUAAUUUCACUUUCAAAUGCCAUCGCACAACAGGCACAGCUGGCUACCAAGAUAUUUUCGCUGUGAACGACAUAUCAUUUCAUCCAGUACAUGGUACUUUAGUAACAGUUGGCUCUGAUGGCACAUUUAGUUUCUGGGACAAAGAUGCGCGUACAAAAUUGAAAUCAUCGGAAACAAUGGAUCAAUCAGUUACGAAAUGUAGUUUCAAUGCAAAUGGACAAAUAUUUGCUUAUGCUGUUGGCUACGAUUGGUCAAAGGGCCACGAAUACUUUAACCCAACUAAGAAGCCACAAAUAUUUUUGCGUUCAUGUUACGAUGAACUGAAACCGCGCAUAUAAUAAAUUAUGCGAUUCUUAGUCUAAAAAAAAUGCAUUUCUCUGUAAUAUAAAUGAACAGUUUCCGAAAUUAAUGCAAGUGCUGCAAAUAAAGUUUUGUAAUAAAAAACUGUGCAACUAUUGUUUUAAGUAAUUAAUUGUAUUUAUUGGUAGUUGUGUUUAUAAGAAUCACAAUGAUUUGUAUGUAAAUUAGUGUAGUUACAACGCAAUUACUUCUACUGUUCAUCAUCCUUCUUUUCGUGACUGUGCUCAUCACCAUUACCAUGCCCAUGUCCAUGACCUUUAUUCAUGCCUAAUGCAUAUUCAGCACCAAUUGUGACUACAAAAGCUGCAAAUCCCCAAAUGAAACCACGGAAAAA